UCUUAGGUCAUUUUCCUCCAAAUAUUUUCUCCAAAAAACCAAGCCAUGAACACACUAUCAAGCACCAUCGCUCCACAAAUUCCCAAGGCCAAUAUCGGCAGAAAAAAAUAUCAAAAAUAUUUAACCAGUGGUAAUUCGGUCACAUUACUAAAAAUGCCAAACUCAUCAUCGUAUUUUUCUUCUUCUUCCAAACUCGUUCGAGCCUCGACAGGAAAAGCAGACUCGUCCCACGACAACAACCACACUCACAUUCCACCACCGCCACACAGAGAUCUGCAAGACAAAGUGAUCUCAGCCAUGGCGGCUUCCGAUUCAGAUUCCAGAGACGAUCGCAUCGCCAGAAUCGCAUCUGCGAUCCGCGUCAUUCCCGACUUCCCCAAACCCGGGAUUAUGUUUCAGGAUAUAACGACGCUGCUGCUCGAUCCGAAGGCUUUCAAGGACACUAUUGAUUUAUUUGUUGAGAGGUACAAAGGGAAAGAUAUCUCUGUCGUUGCAGGUAUUGAAGCAAGAGGUUUUAUAUUUGGGCCUCCCAUUGCACUGGCUAUUGGAGCAAAAUUUGUUCCUAUGAGAAAACCCAAGAAAUUGCCUGGGGAGGUUAUCUCGGAAGAGUAUUCUUUGGAGUAUGGAACAGACAAGAUGGAGAUGCAUGUUGGGGCUGUACAAGCAGGAGAACGUGCCCUAAUAAUUGAUGAUCUUAUUGCAACUGGGGGUACCUUAUGUGCUGCAAUCAGGCUACUUGAGCGUGUUGGCGUGCAUGUGGUCGAGUGUGCCUGUGUUAUUGAAUUGGCAGACCUAAAGGGUCGGGAGCGGCUUGGAGACAGACCAUUGUUUGUCCUUGUAAGCUCAACUUGAUCAUAUGUUCUGCAAGUUGGGAUAUGAAUUUGUAAUUUGCCAGGUCCUAAAGCUGGAAAAAAGGCCUUACAAGACCACUUGAUUGAAAGGGGAGGGAAAGUUUGGUUGGAAAUAAGAAGAUAUGUUGGAAUAGUAAUGUGGGUUUUGGUUUGUAGCUAUGUAUUAUGCAAGUGAUUUCACUUCGACUUUUAUGGGAACCUCCCGUUGUUUAGUAGUGACUGAAUGCAACAGGAGAAUUGAAGACAAUGCUAUUAAUUUCAGAUCUACUAUUAUUGAUGCAAGAGAGUUUUUCUAA